UACCCACACAUAUACACACAUACAAUACCUACAUAUAUUUAUUUUCAAUAAAUUAUUUCGAGAAUUAAAAAUACCCGUGCUGUUUGCCUAACAACCCGACGACCCAGGUUGCCAUGCGUCUCCACUCUUGUUGUCCGGCGUAAAACAACUUCACACCGAGGUCAGCCUUCAAACACGCCACUCGAAAUUGUAGCAGCGAUUUUCCACAUCAACGAGUUCUUCUGUUUUCCGGAUCAAAAAUUACUAGACUCACAGCAUGAGCCGACAUCGGUUUAACAACGUCCAGAUAAAGGCGCUGCCCGGCGGUCUGAUGGCCCACCAGGAGCCGGAAGCGGGUGGCGGACAGCCCUCCACGCAGAAGGCGCCCCUGUGGCCCAGCGAACGCAUUGCCCCGGGCGGAUCUGGAGCAUUCCACUCGGCCAAGGUGGAGUACAGCAAGGAGACGGCGGAUCUGAUCCGGUUGCUCGUCAAGGAGUCCAAGAUGUCCAUGAUGGUGCGCAAGCAGAUCGAUGAGAGCCUGCGUAAUGGAGAACCACUGCCGCUGCCCGAGCCACCGCGUCCGAACACCAAAAACGAUGUGGACCGGGAGACGCUGGCCAUUCUGGAGCGUGCGCGCAAUGCCAAGCGCAAGAAUCUCCGCCAGAUCGAGGCGAGCGGGGCCUACAAGCUGAGCUACUACCGCCCGCCCGCCGACAACCGGAUGGCCGGGGAGAAGGCCAAGUCGCAGCUUCAGUUCACCAUGGCCGGCACCCAUCUGCCGGAUCCGGCCAUCAAGCCGCGUCGUCGUCCACGCGAGGAGCAGCUGGUGACGGAGGAGGAUCUCAUCAACGAGCUACUGGACCAAAUCAACGAGCGCGCCGAGUGGCUGACGGAAAUGGAAUCCAUGGGCCAGGGCAAGAAGUACCGCCCGGAGAUCCGCGAGCAGAUUGCCGAGCGGCUGCGGCGCAUCCAGGCGCUGGAGUCCAAGAUGAAGAUGAAGUCCGAUGGUGGCUUCCGCUUUGUGGACUAAAUGUGUUGUAUUACGAGUUCCUUGAGACGCGCAUUAAAAGCCAAGACUCAUUCGCGUUCUGCGUGAAGUUCUGUUAACACUCGAUUAAUAAAUAGCUUUAUUCAACUUA